AUGUCGGUAAAUGCUUUGCCUCAAAUGAAAUCCAUUUGGCUGGACGAAGAUGAAGAAGCUGAGAAAUUAUAUGGUAUUCAAGCACAACAAUUAAUGGAUUCUGGUAGCGAUUAUGAUGAAGAAGAUGGAGGAUAUCAUGGAAUUCCUGAUUUAAUGCUAAUUAAUAGCGAUAAACCAAUACUAAAUAAUAAGAAAAAUAUUGAAUUAUCGGGUUUAAAAACAAUCAGUAGUCCAACUAAGUUUCGUUCUCACUCUGAUAAGAAGAGAAGUGCUGCAAACAAUAAAAAAUCAUCUGGUUCUAAGAAAUUUUUCAAAAAAUUAUUCAAUUCAAGUGGAUUUAAACAAGAAUCUAAUAUUAAAAAGAAAAAUAUAUCUACACCUUACCAUUUUCAACAUAUUUCACAUGCAGGUGGUAUGGAUGAUGAUAAUACAAAUGACGAAGAUGAACAAGUGUCAAUUGAAGUUGAAAAAUCAUUUGACCCUAAAGCUAAACAAUUGAGUAGUAUUUUUGUUACAGAAUCUAUCCCUCAACCUAAGCAAGAAGGAUACUCAUUUCAACAACAUCGCCGUCGUCGUAGUAACAGUUCAAAUAUUAAAAGAACAUCUUAUUCGUCAUCUCUUUAUUCUUCUACUACUAGUUCUACCAGAGGUGAUCGUAUCAAAUCAUCUUCUACAAUGGCUACAACAAUUCUAGAUAGGUUUCCAAGCAAUUCGAAAAAUGGAUUAUCAUCUCGUAGCAAUAACAACAGUUUAAAAUCUAAUACCAACAAAAAUUUGUUUAAUGAGACAAUUAGACCAGUGUCAGAAGUUAGUCAAGAAGAUUCAAUGCAAUUUUUGAAAGAUUAUAGUUUCCCAACUUUAUUAGAAGAUAAAUUAAUUAACGAUUUUGAUGGUAAUUCGCUGGCAAUGUCCUUUUUAGAUACUCCAAAGGAAAUUUUGACUCUAAUGCCUCCGCAACAAUUACCUCCGAUGCAUUCUCCUUCUUUAUCUAUUGAUUCUAAGGUUGCUUCCAUUGUAGAUACCCCAUUGACACAAAUUAAAAGAAGAAAUUCUCUACCACUGGCACAUUCUUUAUCAACACCUGAAUUGGAAAAUAUGUUAUUUAAAGAUACAUCACCAAAGAGCGCCAAGCGUAUAUCUCUUGGUGAUGUAAUCAUGUAUUACAACCAAAGUAGUACAUCUACUGAAUCACCAUCUACAUUUGCAUCUCCAAAUUUACACUGA